UUUUUUCGCCUGCCUUGCAGUACGUGCCUGGAUAGUUUGUGGAUAUAAUUACUGACUGGAAUCUGGGCUGUUGCAGUUGUGCGUGGGGGGGAGAGAGGAGAAAAGAAAGCAUCCCCCCCCCUCCGCCGACCCUCCCUGCUCCCCCCCACACAUUUUUUUUUCCUCCCCCUUUGCUGCUGGUUCGGACAUUUAAUGUAUUGAAUGAACUGGAAUUGCUUUCCGUGUGAGGAGGAUGGUUGCUGUUACUUUGUGAUGAGAUCGGGAAUGAAUUGCUCGGUUUAAAAAUGCUGCUUUGGAUUCUGUUGCUGGAGACGUCUCUUUGUUUUGCUGCUGGAAACGUUACAGGGGACGUUUGCAAAGAGAAGAUCUGUGCCUGCAACGAGAUAGAAGGGGAUUUGCACGUAGACUGUGAGAAAAAGGGAUUUACCAGCCUGCAACAUUUCACCGCCCCAACUUCCCAAUUUUACCAUUUAUUCCUGCAUGGCAAUUCCCUGACUCGACUUUUCCCUAAUGAGUUUGCUAACUUUUACAAUGCGGUCAGUUUGCACAUGGAAAACAACGGUUUGCAUGAGAUUGUUCCUGGGGCUUUCCUUGGGCUGCAGCUGGUGAAACGCUUGCACAUAAACAACAACAAGAUCAAAUCGUUCAGGAAGCAGACUUUCCUGGGGCUGGACGAUCUGGAAUACCUCCAGGCAGAUUUUAAUCUGUUGCGGGAUAUUGACCCGGGAGCAUUUAGGGACUUAAACAAGCUAGAGGUGCUGAUUUUAAAUGACAAUCUCAUCAGCACCUUGCCCCCCAACGUGUUUCAGUAUGUGCCGAUCACCCACCUCGACCUCCGGGGAAACCGUCUUAAAACCUUGCCUUACGAGGAGGUCCUGGAGCAGAUCCCAGGCAUUGCUGAAAUCCUGCUAGAGGAUAACCCCUGGGACUGCACUUGCGAUCUGCUGUCGUUGAAAGAAUGGCUGGAAAACAUACCUAAAAACGCUUUGAUCGGCAGAGUGAUUUGUGAAGCUCCCACUAGGUUGCAGGGUAAAGAUUUAAAUGAGACCACAGAGCAGGAGCUGUGUAAAAAGAACAGAGUAGAUUCCAGCCUAGCUGCUCCCCCUGCCGAAGAAGAAACCUGCGAUCCUGGUCCCAUUCCAACCCCCUUUAAAAUACAUGGCAAAGAAGACCCUGCCACGCCAGGAUCUGCUCCAAACGGAGGUACAAAGAUUCCUGUCAACUGGCAAAUCAAGACCAAACCCACUGCUGCCGUGUCGACAGUGAGUGCAAAGAGCAAACUACCAGCUACCUUUUCCUGCCCGCACAUCUGCAGCUGUGAUCAGAUCCCUGGCUCAGGUUUAAAGGUUAAUUGCAAUGAUAGGAAUGUGAGCAGCUUGGUGGAUUUGAAGCCCAAGCCCUCCAACGUGCAGGAGCUGUUUCUGAGAGACAACAAAAUACACACCAUCAGGAAAUUCCACUUUCUGGAUUACCGAAAACUUAAUUUACUCGAUCUGGGCAACAACAAUAUUGCCACUGUUGAGAACAACACCUUCAAGAACCUCUUUGAUCUCCGAUGGCUCUACAUGGAUAGCAAUUACUUAGACACCCUCUCCCGGGAGAAAUUUGCUGGGCUGCAAAACCUGGAGUAUCUGAACGUGGAGUUUAAUGGGAUCCAGAUGAUCAUGCCUGGCACCUUCAAUGCGAUGCCCAAACUGAGAGUCCUCAUCCUCAACAACAAUCUGCUGAGGUCUCUCCCAGUAGACGUGUUCGCCGGGGUCUCACUUUCCAAGCUGAGCAUACACAACAAUUAUUUCAUGUACCUCCCGGUGGCGGGGGUGCUGGACCAGCUCACCUCCAUCACCCAGAUCGACCUGCAUGGCAACCCAUGGGACUGUACUUGCCCUAUUGUGCCUUUCAAACAGUGGGCAGAGAUGCUGCGCCCCAAGGUGAUUAUGAGUGACCUGAGGUGUGAGUCCCCUGAAGAUUUCUUCAAGGAGGAUUUUGAGUCUCUCUCCAACGAUGUGAUUUGCCCUCAGUUAAAAAUCUCUCCCACAUUAACUUCUACUAACAAAAACAGCACCGGGUUGACAGAGACAGGUACUCACUCCAACUCCUACUUGGAGACCAGCCGGGUCUCUAUUUCGGUGCUAGUGCCAGGGCUUCUGCUGGUUUUUGUGACCUCUGCCUUCACAGUGGUUGGCAUGCUGGUUUUCAUCCUGAGGAACAGAAAGCGGUCCAAGAGGAGGGACGCCAACUCCUCUGCAUCUGAAAUCAACUCCUUGCAGACGGUCUGCGACUCGUCCUACUGGCACAACGGGCCCUACAGCGCCGACGGGGCCCACAGGGUGUACGACUGCGGCUCCCACUCCCUGUCGGACUGAGGCUGCGGGCGCGGCGGGGACGGCCGCCC